UAACGGCUAUAGAAACAAAAAAACAAAACAAACAUGGCUCUGCAAGAUUUGUCUCAAAUUGUAUUAGACAAUCCUACUGGUGUUUUUUACCCUGGUCAACUUAUUACAGGGAAGUUUGAACUUGUUCUUACAGAGAAAAAAACUAUUACAGCUAUCAACUUCAUUUCCAAGGGCCAAGCAAAAUGUCAAUGGACAGAGGGAGCGGGAGAAAAUGCCCAAUUUUACGACGGACAUGAAAAAUAUUUCCAUUUUAAAGAGUGUCUGUUUGGAAAACAACAAUCAGGUAAGAGCAGUGUAAAAUUCAAACCAGGGAAGUAUGAAUACCCAUUUAAAGUCCAGCUUCCUUCAAAUAUACCGGCGUCAUUCGAGGCAUUCGUUGGUCAAGUGAGAUAUUCCUUAAAGGCACACAUCGACAUCCGAUGGGCAAAGGAUAAAUACUGUAAAAAGCUUAUAACAAUUGUCGUGCCACUUGAUUUAAAUACAAUUCCCAAUGUUACGGAAGGAGCGACAAACACUGGAGAGAAGAGAUUAUGUUGUCUUUGCUGUGAAUCUGACCCGAUUUCCGGCAUGAUCGCGAUUGACAGGAAAGGAUAUGUCCCGGGAGAAAUGAUAAUAGUUCGGGGAGAGAUCAACAACCAAAGUAACAGAAAAAUGACUUGUACAAAAGUAUGCUUACAAAUGGUGGUUACAUACCAUGCAACUACGAAGUCCAUGGCUUUUAAACAAACCAUAGGAGAACUGAAACAUGGGAAACUUAAAGGUGGAGAGACGGAAAUCUUUAACAAUGAAAGGCUGCACAUUCCACCUGUAUCGAAUUCCUAUCUCCAUGGUUGUAAAAUCAUUGACAUCAACUACUUCGUAGAGAUUAUAGCAGAUCCUUCAGGCCCAGGCUUUGAUCUCGAGGUUCCCGUAGAGAUUAUUAUAGGAAGUAUACCACUAACCUCAGUUGCAGAACAGCAUGGUCUGUCUCUUUCGACACAAGAACCAAUGUCUGUCUCGCUCCCCCAACCAGGCAACAGCCUUCGAGGCUUAUACACAGACUUAUCAAUGCCAACAAAUAUACCAACUGCUACAAUGACUGAGAGUGCAACAGGACGAGUGAAAAUUAAAGUAGGGAAAGGCAGCAAGGACACCGUGGAAUAUGCACCAGUCUACACAUAUUAUAACUGGAACACACACGACACAGACACAUUGUUCUCCGUACAAAAAGAAAAAUGACAGAUCAUCCUUCAAUACAGUGCCAUUCAUUGGGUGAAUUAAUUAAUUUUAAUAAUAAGAUGUUUGCCAUGUUAAAUUCAGUCUAGACAUUGAAUAUAUCCGUGCAUGUAUAUCCCAAAACUCAUUUGUUUAUUCGUAGUACAUCUUUAUAAGCAGUAGUCAAAUUGUAUAAUUGAUAGACUUAAAUAAUAUACAUGUAAUAUGAAAUUAGUACAGUUCUGAAUUCUGUUGGACGAGAACACAUGCAGUUGUCAUACCGAAAAUCGACGAGGCGCCAGCCGAGUCAGAAAUAGAUUUUGCAACUGUGUACUUGUCCAAUAAAAUCAGUAUUGUUCUCAACAAUAUGUAAUUACUUCUUUAUUUUGUACCAUCAUUCUGGACAUGUAACAUAUUGUCAGAACUUUGUUACUUCAAGUUCAAUAAGUAACUGAUAUGCAUUGUUCGACUCUCAAAAAUAAAAACUACGCUAGAUCAGGGUCUUUCCGAUAUUUGAAAGACCCUGGCUAGAUGGAGUAUGAUUUGAUUUAUAAUCAAAGUGCUGCAGCACUGAAUGCGACGGACAUGCAACCGGAGAGACAUUAAGGCUUCUUUUAGAAAAAAACAAAACAAAACACAAAAUAUAUAACAGAGAAAAUUCGUUCCAUACAAGUUCGAGAUUUGUAGAGCAAUAUAUUUUGUGUCCCAAACUGAUAUAAUUCAGAUUUUCUACUUUCAAGCACUUAAAUACAGAAUGAAAUUUAUGCCUAAAAACUCUGAUCAAACUUGUAAAUCAGUGUCCUUAUCGAUUUAUUCCAAGAAAUGAUAUGUAAAUAGAAAAAAACUGUUAACGAAAUAUUUCUAAAAUAAAACCAGGCAAAUAAACUUCAAACAUAAAUUAAUACAUUAUACAUUCGAGAAUGCUAUUUAGAAUUGCUUCGUGUUAUAUCAUAGUGGGCAUAUAGACAAUGAAAUAUAAGUCAUUUGUAUUGGGCCGGUCUAAAACGCAGACGCUUAUGCAGACAAUAUAGAAUAUAUAGUAAAACGCAGACAAUAUAGAUAUAGAGUGUUUUCACAAAACGCAGACGAUAUAGAAAUAGAAGGUGUGAAUUAGACUCUUAACAGCUUGUCACCACUUUUUUUUCAGAUUAACUUUAUAAAAUAAGAGAUUUAUAAGAAUUAUUAUUUGAUACAAAAAUAACAUUUUAAUUAGAGAUUAGAAAUGUUUUUAUUUAAAUGUUUUAUUAGUAUCAUAAUAUCAACAAUAAAUAUAUAAAUAGUGAUAUAAGAAAGGGUUUUUUUUAUUCUAUGUUAGAUUUUAAUUAAAUUAAUUUGAAAUAAAAUAUUUAAUACUAGCUUUGCAUAAUUUGUAACAUAAAAGAAAUGUGGACAAGAAAGUAAUA